GUAUGAAGAGUACAGACUGCAAUGUGAAUUACAGUCAACAGCCAGCUCUUGUGAAAACACAGUUACAUCACCCUAGAAGGAACCUUAAGCAGAGGUCUCGGCCUAGAAAGGACAUUGACAAGGUUUAUCUCACUCAUGUACUACAACUUCCAUCAGAGCAUCACUACCGCCAAACCCCUGAAUGUGACAAAGGAAUACCUGCUGCACAUCAGCUGACAGAGCAUCUACUGCCACGUACUCCACCAGUGAAGGUGUGUGAUGGGCUUUCUCUUACUCCUAAUCCAAGACGUCACUCAGGACAUGAUUGCAGCAAGAGCUCUGAACAUGACACAACUGAGAGAUUUCACACACAAAAAGAAAUGCACAAAUGUGCUGAAUGCAACAAGUCUUUCACAUGUGCCAGCAACCUGAAGAGGCAUCAAGUCAUUCACACAGGACUGAAACCAUAUAAAUGUACUGAAUGCAGUAAAUGUUUCACACAGCUAAGCCAUCUUCAGGCACACAGUGUUAUUCACACAGGUAUGAAACCACAUAAAUGUACCGAAUGUGGUAUGUCUUUCACAUGGGCCUAUAGCCUGAAAAGGCAUCAAGGCAUUCACCCAGGACUGAAUCCAUAUAAAUGCACUGAAUGCAGUAAGUGUUUCACACAGCGAAGCCAUCUUCAGGCACAUCGUGCCAUUCAUACAGGCAUGAAACCACAUAAAUGUACUGAAUGUGGUAAGUCUUUCACAUGGGCCUGUAAGCUGAAAAGGCAUCAAGUCAUUCACACAAGACAGAAACCAUAUAAAUGUACUGAAUGCAGUAAGUGUUUCACACGGCUAAGUAGUCUUAAGGUGCAUCAUGCCAUUCACACAGGCAUGAAACCACAUAAAUGUACCGAAUGUGGUAAGUCUUUCACAUGGGCCAGUGGACUCAAAAAGCAUCAAGACAUUCAUACUGUAGCAAAACCAUAUAAAUGUUCCAAAUGCAGUAAGUGUUUCAGCAAACUCGGCAGUCUUCGACGGCAUUAUGUCAUUCACACAGAAUUGAAGCGAUAUGAAUGUACCAAAUUCG